GCACUGGUGGACAUGGCACUCCCGCUGGCACUCCUACUCUCCCUCUUCCAUCUUCCUGAAAGUCCGCCUUACCUCGUGCUCAAAGGACGCGAGGGCGAGGCGCGCGAAGUCCUCCUGGAUCUUCGAGGGCGAUAUGCUGACCUCGAGGGCGAGAUCCAGAACUACAAGGACCUCAACCGCAGCAGCCACAGCGAGGGGACGUGGCGUGACCUCCUUCGACCUGAGGUGCUCAGGGACCUGGCUGUCGUCUCGACCUUGUUUAUACUCAUGUAUUUCACGGGUUACCAGGUGAUCAGUGCGUACACUUCGAGGUUGCUCGAAGACGCGGGAUCCAGCAUCGAUGAGAGUCUGGCCACCAUCAUCAUUAAUAUCGUGCAGGUCGCCGCCGCCGUCGGCGCCUCCUUCCUGAUGGACCGCCUCGGACGCCGACGCAGCACGAUGCUCUCUUACGGCGUGAUGUGCGCGUCGCUGGGCAGCCUGGCCGUGUACCUGCUGGCGGCGGGGGAGCAGGACCCGCAGCCCCAGGCGUGGAUCCCCUUGGCGUGCCUCACGGUCACGCAGGGCGCCGUCACCGUCGGGGUGAAUCCGGUUCCUUUCAUCUUGAGCAACGAGUACUUCCCGACCCGCAUCCGCGCUUGGGUAAGGACGGCGCAGACAAACGCGCGCUUGUGCGUGGACAUUCUUACAAAUACCUACACACACACACACACACACACAAACACGCACACACUGAUAACAGUGAUAUAGCAAUGAUGUUUGAUAGAAUACAAUAGUGACGAUGAUAAUGAUAAUCUUUAUAGUUUUUUUUUAAAUCGAAUGAUAAUUUGUCAUGAUGGUAUCAUUAUCAUCACUUCCACCAAUAUUGUUAUUGUCAUUGUUACCGUCAUCAUAAUUCUGCAGAGAACCUGUUUAUUUUUUGUCAGAGAGAAUCAUUGUAUAUUCUUUUUCGCCCAAGGUCACA